CAGCACUGCGUUUCCCGCCCCGGUCCCCAACCCCCUUCCCGGCGAAAGGUCCACUGGGGGAUGACGCACAGGCGCACUGUGCCCGGAGGCGUCCGUACCUACCCCGUUUGAAGAACUCUCCCGGCAGGAUCGGCUUUCACUAGAAAUUUGAGGACUUAACUCUGGAAUUUGAGUUUGAACCCAAGGCUUUUCUUUGUGGGCCUGCUGCGCCGUGCCCCAGUGAAAGUGCUGACUCCUAACCAGUGGACCACCAGGGAACUCCCAGUGUAUGACAGGUUUUCAUAGUAACCACUAAGCCCAGCCUCAGGUUCCGAAUAAACUGAAUUCCUCUGCUUGUACGGAACUGGCCGGCCUUUCAAGAUGGCGGCUCCCACUGAGACACAGCGCUUGGGGCCGGCCAUGUUGCCUCCUGAACAAAGCCGCUCAGGGUGUGGAGCGGCCAAAAUGCCCGAUUUAUUUUGACAAAGCCUGGGAUACCCUAUAUGAAACAGUCUUCCUAUCAUGGAGAGGACUCACUUCCUCUAAAUGAGUUCAGCCCAUGUCUGCAUGACCCAUCCUGGGACUGAGAAGAUUACCAGGGUCCAGUGUCAUUCGAGGAUGUGGCUAUAGAUUUCACCCAGGAGGAGUGGCAGCAACUGGACCCUGCUCAGAGGACCCUGUACAGGGAUGUAAUGCUGGAGAACUACAGCCACCUGGUCUCAGUGGGGUAUCCAGUUUCCAAACCAGGUGUCAUAUCUAAGUUGGAACAAGGAGAAGAGCCAUGGAUUAUGAAGAGAGACAUAUCAAAUUGGAUCUAUCCAGAAUUAGAAGUGGAGCCUGAAGAUGUGACUGAGGUGCUACAAUCUCAUGAUAAAACUGUAACGGAUGAGGAGUUGCUUCUUAUGAAUGAGCAAAAAAAAUGGUUUCUUGAGAUGGAAUCUACUUCUGGUGAAGAUGUUGUGAAGAUUGUUGAAAUGACAACAAAGGAUUUAGAAUAUUACUUAAACUUAGUUGAUAAAGCAGCGGCAGGGUUUGAGAGGAUUAACUGCAACUUUGAAAGAAGUUCUGUGGGUAAAAUGCUAUCAAACAUUGCAUGCUACAGAGGAAUCAUACGUGAAGGAAGAGUCAAUUAAUGUGGCAAACUUCACUGUUGUCUUAUUUUAAGAAAUUGCCACAGUCACCCCGACCUCCAGCAGCCGCCACUGAUCAGUCAGCAGCCAUCAACAUUGAGGCAAGACUCUCCAUCAACAAAAACCCAGCCUCCGAAUAAACCGAAUUCCUCUACUUGUACGGAACCGGCCGGCCUCUCAAGAUGGCGGCUCCCACUGAGACACAGCGCUUGGGAGCGGCCAUAUUGCCUCCUGAACAAAGCCGCCCAGGGUGCGGAGUGGGCAAAGCUGCCCGGUACCGAACAGCGCAGGCCCGGGAGCCCAGUGCUUUGCUCACCCAGACAGGAAGCGGGAGAGUUCGCCGCUAUGGAUGUGACAGCUGUCCCGGGUUAAGCCGUGACGGGCGUUUCUAGAUCUGAUAACGGAACUGCAGGUCAAAAGGCGGACAUGUGUGGUGAGGAAUCUAUUUUGACAAAGCCUGGAAUACCCCCUAUAAAACAGUCUGUCUAUCAUGGGAGCACCCACUUCCUCUGAACCAGUUAAGUCUUACCUUACCUGACUUCUUCUGGGACUGAGAAGGAUUUCCCAGUCUUCUCCCACAGGUUGAUCUACCUGACUUCUGUGGUAGUUGCUUCUAGACUGGUGAAUGUGGAACCUGCAGUCUGCGUCUGAUCUGUGAAAACAUCCUUCUGAUCACCAAUUUUGCCUUUUCAGGCAUCUACCUUUUUAGAAGAGAACAGAAAAUGAUGAAGUCCCAGGGGUUAGUAUCAUUCAAGGAUGUGGCUGUGGAUUUCACCCAGGAGGAGUGGCAGCAACUGGACCCUGCUCAGAAGACCCUGUACAGGGAUGUGAUGCUGGAGAACUACAGCCACCUGGUCUCAAUGGGGCAUCCAGUUUCCAAACCAGAUGUCAUCUCCAAGUUGGAACAAGGAGAAGAUCCAUGGAUCAUGAAGAGAGACAUACCAAAUUGGAUCUAUCCAUAUGAAGAUCAGGCAGAUGGGCGACAAGGGAAGAAAAGUAACCUUGACAACACCCAAUCAUGUAUUUUGGGGUCUGUUUCCUUCCAUAAUAAGAUACUGAAAGGAGUCACAAAGGAUGGUUCAUUUUACUCCAUAUUAAAAGUCUGUCAAGGUGAUGGCCACCUACAGAGAUGUCAGAAAAACAGACUUUUCAGGCAAGUAACAGUCAUCAACAACAAAACAAUGACUGUGGAGUCAGACCACAAAUAUAACGCAUUGGGCAAAAUAUUUCAAGAAUGCAUAGGGUCAGUUACUUCAAGACAAAGACCCCAUAACUGUGAUGCAUUUAAAAAUGACUUGAAAUCUAGUAUUGACCUACCUAGUUGUAAUAAGAGCAAUUCAGGAAAAAACCCUGAUGAGAGUUUUGGAUGUGGAAAAUCAUCCAUCCAUGGUGUGUCCAAUCCUGAUCUUGAGAAAAUUCACAAUCGAGUAAUUCCCUGUGAUGAUAAUGAGUGUGGAAACAUUUUCAGCAAGAAACAAUCCCUUAUUCAGUAUCAGAAUGUUGAAACUAAGGAGAAAACCUGUGUAUGUAUUACAUGUGGAAAAGCCUUUGCUAAGAAGUCACAGCUCAUUGUACAUCAACGAAUUCAUACUGGGAAGAAACCAUACAAUUGUGGUGCAUGUGGGAAAGCUUUCAGUGAGAAGUUUCACCUUAUUGUACAUCAAAGAAUUCAUACUGGGGAGAAACCUUAUGAAUGUUCUGAAUGUGGAAAAGCCUUCUCUCAAAAAUCAUCCCUCAUUAUACAUCAAAGAGUUCAUACUGGGGAAAAACCAUAUGAAUGUAGUGACUGUGGGAAAGCCUUCUCCCAGAAAUCACCCCUCAUUAUACAUCAGAGAAUUCACACUGGAGAGAAACCUUAUGAAUGUAGAGAGUGUGGUAAGGCCUUCUCCCAGAAGUCACAGCUGAUUAUACAUCAUAGAGCUCAUACUGGAGAGAAGCCCUAUGAGUGUACUGAAUGUGGAAAAGCCUUCUGUGAGAAGUCCCACCUCAUCAUACAUAAAAGGAUUCACACUGGAGAGAAACCCUACAAAUGUGCUCAAUGUGAGGAAGCCUUCAGCAGGAAGACAGAACUCAUUACACACCAGUUAAUUCAUACUGGGGAGAAACCUUACGAAUGUACUGCAUGUGGGAAGACCUUCUCCCGGAAGUCACAGCUCAUUAUACAUCAGAGAACACAUACUGGAGAAAAGCCCUAUAAAUGCAGUGAAUGUGGAAAAGCCUUCUGUCAGAAAUCACAUCUCAUUGGACAUCAGAGGAUUCACACAGGAGAAAAACCUUACGUUUGUACUGAAUGUGGAAAAGCCUUCUCUCAAAAGUCUCACCUCCCAGGGCAUCAGCGGAUUCAUACAGGAGAGAAACCUUAUAUAUGUGCUGAAUGUGGAAAGGCAUUUUCUCAGAAGUCAGACCUUGUUUUACAUCAGAGAAUUCAUACAGGGGAAAGACCUUAUCAGUGUGCUGUAUGUGGGAAAGCCUUCAUCCAGAAAUCACAACUCACUGUACAUCAGAGAAUUCACAGCAGUGGUAAAAUCAUAAUAAACUAAAAACACAGACAAGCUUUCAGUAUUAGCUCAAGCCUUAAUAAACAACAGAAACGUGAUUAGUUUGAUAAAUUUGUGGACAACAUCUUUAUAGAGAAAAUUUUACAAGAGAAUUCAUGUCUGUAGUGUGGUGAUACCUAACUCAGCAAAGAUGAUGGGAAAUAAUUACAUAAAUGAAGGACAUUUCACCAUGGCAUGUAAAGCUUUUAAAGUCAUGAACUGAAUGGUCAGUAGAACAAAUUAUGUAUAUAGAAUAUUGUCAAAUUACAUAUUCCUUAUUAUACCAUAACAAUAAACACAUUGUGAAAUUGCUAA